CCUUUGUCAUCUUCUGCAUUUUCACCACACAGUAGUGCCACUAUCGGACACUUAUGGUCCUGAUUAAUAUUACAGGCCACAUGAUGAGUCAAAUUAUUUAAUCGAUACUAGAUCAAACCCCAAACGUUUUAAAUAUGUUUUUCCCCAAGGCUAAUGUGAAGGAUUUACAUAAGGGCUUCACGUCCCAAUAUGGGCCGAUCUGCUGUUGCCCUGCAGCAUGUUUUUAUACGUUUCAAUACAGUUUAGGAGAUUUUCACUGCUGCCUGAAGAAAGAAAUGCAAAUCAAUUACCCAUCUGAUAGAUCUUCUACAUAGACCCAUAUAUAGAUCCAUAAACGAAGGAAAUUAUUACUCAACUGCCAUGGAAAACAUUUCCUCCCCAUCCUGUGAACAGCCACUUCUUGGUAGUGAUAUAGUUCAGGAUGGAUCAACCGACCUUAAAGGAAGGCCUGUCAGCAGGCUUCUCACCGGAGGAUGGGCAGCAGCCCUUCUCAUCAUUGGUGUUGAAAUUGCAGAGAGAUUGGCCUACUAUGGCAUUUCGGCCAACUUGAUCACCUAUCUCACAAGUGUCAUGCAAGAGACCACUGCUACUGCUGCAAAAAAUGUCAAUGUCUGGUCAGGGGUUGCAUCCAUGCUUCCCCUCCUUGGAGCUUUUGUUGCAGAUUCCUAUCUGGGUCGUUACUGGACAAUUUUUGUGUCUUCUCUUGUGUACCUGCUGGGGUUGAUUUGUUUAACACUUUCAGCAUCUCUAACAAUAUUUAGCCCACCCACAUGUGUUGACACAUCAUAUUUCUGUCCCAAGCCUUCAUCUUUCCAGCUGGGUUUUUUCUUCUUUUCUCUAUACUUGGUGGCAUUGGGUCAAGGAGGUCACAAACCUUGUUUACAAGCAUUUGGUGCAGACCAAUUCGAUCAAGAAGACCCAACCGAAAGGAGGCAUAAGAGCUCAUUCUUCAAUUGGUGGUAUUUUGGUUUAACCAGUGGGUUAAUUUUAUUUAUCAAUAUUAUCAUGUACAUUCAAGAAAAUGUUGGAUGGGGUCUAGGGUUUGGCAUCCCAACUAUGACCAUGGCAAUAGCACUCUCUGUCUUCAUAUGUGGCACAAAAAUGUACCGACAUAAAUUUCCUUCUACUAGCCCAAUGACUCGAAUUAUCCAAGUUUUUGUCGCUGCAAUUCAUAAGUGGAAUCUCCCUGUUCCUUCUCAAGAAGAACAGAGAGAAAGUAUUAUUCAAGAACCUUUCACAAGUGAAACAACAACAAAGCUUCUGCCUACAAAUCAAUUUAGAUUUCUUGACAAAGCAACAGUUGCAGCUCCAUUAGACCUUGAGUCCAAGACAGAUAUUAAUUGGAGGCUAUGCACAAUCACACAGGUUGAAGAGGUUAAACUUGUUCUAAGGUUGCUUCCUAUUUGGGUAGCCUGUUUGAUGUAUGGGGUUGUUUUUGCACAAUCUCCAACAUUUUUCACAAAACAAGGCAGCACGAUGGAUAGAAAGAUCAUUGGAGACUUUGAAGUCCCUGCAGCAACCUUGCAAAGCUUUAUCAGCUUGUCCAUUAUUGUGCUGGUGCCUGUUUAUGAUCGAAUAUUUGUUCCACUUGCCAGAAGCAUAACUGGAAAUGAGCGUGGGAUAACACUGCUGCAAAGGAUAGGUGUUGGUAUGUUUUCUUCUGUUCUUUCCAUGAUUGUUGCAGCAAUGAUAGAAAUGAAAAGGCUCCAAGCAGCAAAGGAAUAUGGUUUGAUAGAUAAGCCCCAUGCAACAAUUCCUCUCAGCAUUUUUUGGCUGCUUCCACAAUACAUCCUAUUUGGUGUUUCAGAUGUGUUCACAAUGAUAGGUUUGCAAGAGUAUUUUUAUGAUCAGAUGCCUGACACAAUGAGAAGCUUGGGAAUUGCUUUGUAUUUGAGUGUCUUUGGAAUUGGUAGUUUUUUGAGUGGUAUGAUUAUUUCUAUUGUUGAGGAACUUAGUAGCAGAGGUGGGGGACAAAACUGGUUUGCAGACAAUCUAAACAAAGCUCACUUAGACUAUUUCUACUGGCUUCUGGCUGCACUGAGUGCACUAUUCUUAUGCAUCUAUGCCUCUUUUGCGAGUUGCUUUAUCUACAAAAAGGUAGAAAAUAUUACUUGUAAAGAUGAGGAGAUAUCCUGAUCACUAAGCACCAUUUGUCUAAUUCUACAAAGACAUUUUCACCUCUAGUCAGACAUUGGCUUGUAUGUUGGCUGUUUAUGUAACAGAAUCUGAGAAUAUUGUUGAAUGUGUACCUCAACUAUUGGUGUGGAAAAUUAAGAACACACUGUACUUUUAUUUUUAGUUCUUAUUCUAUGAAACUGGAAGGUGGAAUUGUUUGCAAUAAAAGAUGUCAGUACUUAAUUUUA